AUGCAACCUGAAGUUUCAUACUAUUAUGGAUUUAUAAAGCAUUUUGAAAAUUUUUUAGAAAAAUUCAUUUAUAAAAUCUUUAAAAUUUUCGAUUCAAUUUAUGAUUGGUUUUGGGAAAUUGGAAUCAUCAAGAAAUGUUGUAAAUUAUAUCAAAAAUGGGAACAUAUAUUUAUUAUUGGACCAAUUUUAAGAAUUUUAAGAUGUGCUUUAGAUACAAGAACUGCAAUUUUUUUACCAUUUUUCCCCAUUGGUAUUGUUUUCUAUAAAAGAGAUCAUCAUGUUUUCGCUGCUGUUUUCUUAUUCAUUGCAUUAAUGUAUUUUGCUAAAAUUUUAAGUAAUACAACUGAAGUUGCAGCUGAACAUUUUGGUCCAGUUGUUAGUUCUUUAUUAAAUGCAACUUUUGGUAAUUUAGUGGAACUGGUUAUAUCAGGUACUACAGUGGCAGAAGAAGAUGCCUCAUUAACUAUAUCAUCCCUUGUGGGUAGUAUUCUUUUGAAAAAUUUAUUCAUUACAGGUUCAUGUUUUAUAUUUGGUGGUUUAAAAGGUAAACCAUUACAUCAAACAAAAUCAAUUUCAAGUCAUUUAUUAUUUUUCAUAUGUAUAACAUUAUUAUUAACAAUGAUGUCAUUUGCAGAAAGUAAUGAUCAAAAAAUUUCAAUGAAAUUUAAAAUACAAGUUGGUGCUUCGUUUAUCCUCUUUAAUUAUAUUGUUUAUUUAGCUGUUAAUAUAAAUGAAGAUUUUAGAAUGUUGAAAAUUAUGAAGGCAAAAGAUGAAGAAGAACAUGGAAUAAUUGAAUCAAGUGAUGAAGAAGAGGAAGGGGAGCAUCAUCAUCAUGAGCACCAUGAUGAACAUCAUCAUAAGAAAAGAUUACCUUCAAAAUUAGCAUGUUUUGGUGCUUUGUUUUUAGGUUGUGCUGGACUAGGUCCAUGUGCAAGUUUUUUCGUAAGUUCAUUAAGAUCAUUAACAAAUAAUAAACCAAUUUCCAAGAUUUUCGUUGGUUUAAUACUUUUACCAUUAGCAAAUGCAUUACCUGAACAUAUUUCAUCAAUUAUAAGUGCAUAUAAAGGUCAAUUAGAUCUUGUUUUACAUUUAACCGUGGGGAGUACAAAUCAAAUUUUAGGUUUAGUAUUACCAAUAAUUCAAUUUGUUAGUUCUCAUUAUCCUCAGGCUAAAUUAUUAUUAUAUUUUGAUGAUUAUGUUGCAGCUUAUUUAUUAGUUACUGCAAUAUUUUUUUCAUUAUGUGUUAUUAAUGGAAUGACUCAUGGAAUUAAUAUUUAUCAUGGAGUAAUUUGUAUAACUACAUUUGUUGUUAUUAUUUAUUUGUCUUUUGCCUAUGAAUAG